AUGAAUCGAGCCAUAGCCACCUGCUGCAUAUUCCUGCUUCUCUCUGCUUUCCUGUGCGACAAGGUGAUGUCCAAAGGUGGCAGAGGAGGUGCCAGGGGAUCUGCACGGGGUUCUGCCAGAGGUUCCAUCCGAGGUAGUGCGCACGGUGGACGGUCUUCCCGUAUCGGUGGCUCUUCCUCCGUGAGAGUGGCAGGGGCGGCUGCAGCAGGUGCUGCAGUAGCCCUGGGAGCUGGAGGAUGGUAUGCUUCAGCCCAGCGCAAACCAGAUGACAGCUCUGAGCACGGGGACGAUUAUUACAGUAACAGGACAGACUGGGAACUUUACCUUGCCCAAACGUCUAGUGCAGUGACUCAUGAUUUCAAUUAUGGUGGACUGUUUACAUUACUAGUGCCAAUAAACUUUCUGCUGCCUUAA